AUGGUGGAUUGUCCAGAGAACACAGCACUAGGAAAUUUCAUGUUCGAGAUGAACUUGAACCAAUUAAUUAUAACACCAACUAGAAUAACAGACACUAGUGAAUCGUUAGUUGAAGUGAUAAUAACUUCAGUUUCCCAUCUUGUUAAUGAAAGUGGUGUUAUAGAUACUAUUAUAAGCGAUCAUUUACCGGUGUACGCAGUUCUUAAUAUGAAGCUACUCAAGCCACCAUCUCAAUAUAUCCUAACGCGAAGCUACAAGGACAACGACGGAGAAAGGUUCGCUGCCCACCUUGCAUCAAGAUCGCAAGAGCUUAUUUCCAUCUUUUCGGAUUCCAAUGUCAAUUCCAAACUCGACAAGUUUAACAACGUCCUUCUUACAACUUUGGCUGUCCAUGCUCCAGUCAGAAUAACUAAGAUCCAAAAUCCCUCUUGUCCCUUCAUCACAACGGAUAUCAAAACCCAAAUGUCCCAAAGAGACCAACUCCACCGUCGUAACUAA